AUGGAUCAUUUCAAUAUUAGUUCUGCUGAUUUAGAUUAAUUAUACUUUGGAAUCAAAUAAAAACUUAUUGGAAAAGAAGAUACCCUUAAAUAUCUGACAUUGAAACUAAUAGAAAAAUAGAAAAGAACAAAUUAUUAAGAAGUUGAUAAGAAGUAUUAAUUGAAUUAAAUUUAGAUUGUUAGAUAAAUUUUCUAAUAGACUAUUAGAAUUAGUGGAGAAAUGUAAAUCUUAAGAUUAAUUGGAUAAUUUAAUAACUAUUUAAAAGAAGUUAAAUACAAUGAGUUUCAUUAGAUUUCUUGAAAUGUUGAAUACAACAAUUGAUUUUAAAACAAAUGAAUUAGUAAAUUAACAAAAUAAAUAAACCUAAGGAUGGUAAACCAAUAACAAAUAAAAUAAGAAUCUGUUUUAAUUUUAUGAAGAUCAAUUUUGGAAAUUAUAUGGUCUUCUUUCAUUGAAUGAGUAAUAAAUAUUGAUAUCAUAAGAGAUCACAUUGAUAACAUGAUAUUAUAUUACUAAUCAAAAUAAGAUAAUAUAGAGAGACUCUUCAAAAUUAAUAUGGAGCGAAAUAAAUAAUUUGAUUACCUAUCACAAUUAAAAGCACCUCUAUCUGUAGAUCCAAUUCAUAAAAAUCACAAAAUUCCUGUCUCAUAUUUAAAUAGAACAAUAGAACCAUCUCGACAUAGUAGAAACAAUAGAAUUCGUGAAGCUUUAACUUCUAAUCUUAAAUUAAGCAAUUAAACUGUUCUAACUAGAAGUCCAAAAAAGUAAUCAAGAACAACAUCAAAAGAUGUUCAUUCUGAAAAUGAAUAAAUUGUCUCAUAAUUAUUAGAUAGAAGAUCUAAAUUGAAUUCACAUGAUAAAUAGAAUAGUUUCUAUUUAUUCUGUGAAUCUAAUGUUAAGGAUAGAAUAUUAAAUUCAGUUAAUUUAUAGUUGAAUUCAUAACCACAGUAAAGCUCUUUAGAUCUAAGAGUUUGUGCUUAAAAGAAAAUAAGCUCAAUAGAUUUAAAUUGUAUUUAUUUAUUUAUGACUUUUAUAGAAUCAUUUAAUUUAUAUUUAACUUAAUCUGAAUCUGUUACUCCAAAAAAGUAAUAACAGAAACAUAGAUUCAUUUAAAAUUUAAAUCAAACAUUCUAUUAAUAAUUGUUCCCUGCAUACAAAACUAAAAUUAGAGGAUUAGGAGUUAUGAGAAAUCAUUUAUUUAAUGAAUCCAAAGCAUUAAAUCGUCUUAACAUCACUAUUAGUAAUUGUAAAGUAUGA